GCGCCUACUGUGUUUAUAGUUGUGUCAAGUGAGUUGAAUGCAUGGUUGUAAUGUUUGAUGUGCGCAUGGAGGAAGGAAAAAAAAAACUUUCUCCAUGGAUGUGCGUGUCCAAGCAUGUCACAUGACAAUUAUGACACCUAAAUGGAUGUGAUUGCGCGUUGUGGAGCGCAGUCAUUGACUCUGCUCCCUGCUGGCACAACGCUUCAACUCAGGGUUUGAUUGUGAGAAUGCCCCUUUGUUUUCAGUUUGUUCCCUCGCUUUGCUAUUGCUUUAGGAGAGAAUAGCUGUGUAGUGUGAUGUCACCUUCCCGCUGGAUCCUUGGUUGGCGUGUCUUGAUGGCCGGCGAACUGUUAAUCAGGUUUUGCAGAAGCAGAGCAGUGCACUCCGUCUGAUCGCUGUGCGCAGUCCUUCUGAUGGCACUUGUGUGUGCGCCGACAUCGAUGAGGUUGGCUGGUGUGCAGGCCAAGGACCCCUCUGCCAUGCGAGUUCAAGAGGCGAUAAAUGUGCUACAACAAAAACUGUUUGAUAGAAGUGGGCAAACUACGACGCAAGGAGGAUGAGUGACUGCUGCGGUGGUGACAUACGUGUUUGUAACCCGCAUCAUCGUGUCACUUCCAGGCAGGAGGAAGAUUGUGGUUGUUAUUAUGACUCCACUGGCCAUGGCUGCUCGACAUACUUGCUGGACGAGAGCUUCUUGUCCCGCCAGGGAUUGGGCCUGGAGCAAGUGCAGGUAUGCUCGUCAUUCGCUGAUCGGGAGGAACAAGGUUUAUCUGUGACGGUCAACAAUGCCGCGACUGCAACGCCCUCGGAAACAGAUUACCUGCAGGAGUCCACACAGAUGGCUCUGCCAGCAGGGGCCCUGCGGUACCGGUGCAUCUACUGCCCGUAUGCGACUCGACAACGAGCCAGUCUGGUGGUCCACGAGCGAUUGCACACGGGCGAGUGGCCCUUUCGGUGUCACGUGUGCAACCGUGGGUUCGCGCACAGAUCGCAUGUGACGCGCCACAUGCGCACGCACACUGGCGAGCGGCCCUUCUCUUGCCCACUGUGCCCUGCCGCCUUCGCACAGCGUAGCGACGUCAAGGUGCACAUGCGCACGCACAACCCGCACAGUGAUGGACGCAGACGCCAGGCCCGGCCGGCCAAUGUCGACAGUGUAGUGCUGUAGAUGGCCACACUUUGGCCUGCGACUGCAAGUGUCAUCAGAACUGCAGUCUCUAAUUGAGCCCAUGGGUGUCUUUUUGUUAGUCAACCACCAAUGGCAGAGCAUGUGUUGCUACCAUAAAAAAAAAAAAAGACUUCAUUUGUUAAGGGUGGAAAGUUUUCUGCUAAAUUUACUAAAAAGUGAUCUGGUACUAUGAGGAGAACAACAUAAAUAGAAGUGUUGUUUUGCUAUUGUACAGGUGGUCUAUUGCUAUUUAACAUUCAUACCUGGGUAUGACAAACACAGAUAUAAAGAAUUAUUGGAUAUAACGAAGCAAAUCUAAAAUGUUUCUUGUCUCCAUGGGACUUCUCUAAUCUUUGUGAUUGCUCCUUCAGAUGUUUUUUGUUCUCAUCUAUUAUACUUUUCCUUUCGAAAUUUCGAAGUAAUCAUAUUUUUCUAGAGACGAUGUGGCACUAACUCUCGUGUGCAAGGAAAACACCCUAAAAUAAGGGUGUUGCAUCCUUGGUGUCAAAUAAAGCUCUCUGAUCACCCAUCUCUGAGGACUGUCUGUUAUUUGGUGCAGAAACCACCAGCAACAUCGGACACCAAGUCAUGUCCACUUCUUCCUUUUUUUUAUUUGCUUAAUCUUUUCCCUUCUUGAGCUGUGGCACAGCAGACUGUGAGGAGAGAUGACUGUGGACCUCCUAUCUUGCUAUAGAGCAGGCUUAAACGCUGUUCGGUUUCCUUCUGGUGAGGACAGCAACGUGGCUGAGAUGUGGUGCUUAAAACAAGCAUAGUCAUUCGUGCAGAAACUAUUUGUUUCUUUAGUCUAAUAGGUUUCUUUGGACAUUUUGCCUGUUUUCACAGACAGCGGAUGGUGGUCAGACUUUCUCCGCCAACACAUAGGUGCCAGUGCAAACGCACAUACUCUCACGUAACCGAGUUGCGGGCCACAUUUGCUUCCGAACAGCAACUAGCAUUGGGAGACACGCGUGCUGUUGCACACAAGUUUUGUGCAGUCAGAAAGUUUAGACACUGUAGUGGGGCACUUGCCGAAGACAGUCUUCCUCUCUUCCCAUCACCCUCUCUCCUGCGGCAGCUGCGAAAGAGGAAGAUGGGCAGUCACAUUCUGCACGGGUGCUUGCGCCGCUGGAGGCAACACACAUAUGACGAACUGGCUUAUAUGUAAAGCCACGUAUGCUACCGCUAGAGAUGUGCUGGUUAACAGCUUUGUUCUCUGUGGAACCGUGCAAUGAAACAGCAACCUAAGUAUUCUCACUGUAACAAAUCUAUGCAGUCGAGAGAUUCGGUCCUUUAAUAAAACAAAUAGCUUUCUAGCAGAAUUUAUUUAUUCGCUUCCAUUCAAUGUCAUCGGUGGUGGUUUCUGCACAUAUUUUUAUUGCUUUUCACAGACUGGCAACAGUGCGGUCAAACCUCCUUAAUGAAAUAAUUAAAUAUUCUACGUAGGCAGGUUUUAGCGUUAUUCAGGAAAAGAAUUGGGCCAGAUCUAUUGCACUUGCUAAGCUGUAUUUAAGUGAAAUUUUCUUAAAGAAUUUCAGUUAGCGCUAUGCAAAAUUUUGUGAUGACCACGCUUCAGAAUUGUCAUGUGGUGCUUUCUUCCAAGUUUUUCUUUCCUCCAUCGUUUCUAGGUUUCGGUUGUCUUGUGUAACUGGGACGGCAAGCGCAGUGGAUCACUUCUCUGUUCAACAGCUCUAAAGAUUUCCUUGAGACAGUAGAACUUGUUGCUGGGCAAGUUGGUUUAGAUCUAAAGAAUACAUACGUUUCGUACUUUUCCUUCCCAAGUCUUUAUUUUCCUUUUUUGGCGCAACAAUGUAUUCUUUAGAUCCCUUGAGACAGCAUGGCAGAGGCUAGGUGGCAUAAAUUUCGCCCCUUGUACUCUUGAUUGGCUUGUCAGUUGUUCCAUGCACGCUUGCUAUGAAGCGAAGGUGGUGUGAGCUUGUUAAUCCGAAUUCCCUGUGUGUUGGGACUGAGGUGACAGCCAAGGUAAACUCGCAACAUGCACUGAUGCAACUCGGUAUCGUAGGGCUCAACAAUGGUUGAACAGUGAAUGUCGCCAGAGUUUACGUUUCUACUAGGGGACUUGCCAAGGGGACAAAGAGUUGCUGCCCUGACAAGUCCCCGUGUCGAAACGAAUCCAGCGACAUUGCUUGUUUGGUCGCUGUUGGUCACUUGCCGUUCCUGUGGACUCAUUUCUUGUUACGAUUCCAAUAUUGUGUACUACUUGGUUUUUAUUGCCAAACCAUAUAUCGGUCAUGAAAAGUGUUUAGGGUAUCAGUUACUUCACCAGUGUUAUGGCAAACGUGUGAUGACAGUGCUCCUGCAAGCGUGUUAUGAUUGUAUUGAGCAAGCUGAACUGGAAUGCGCCAGUGAAAGCAUCAUGCUUUGCAUAGCACUGUAGCCAGAAUGCUGUGAUUAACACAGCAUGUACUUAUGUGACUUUGUUUCCUGUUGUGCACUUGCGUUCCACACUUUUCUUUUCUGCUCGUCAUUUUACUGAACACUGUCCACACUGCGAGACAGAUUUCACUGCAUGCUCCUACGAGUGGCAUGAAAUAGCUCAACAGCUGUAAAAAUGUUGCAAGAGGCUUACUGAUUCUUGGCAAUUUUUACAAAGUUCAUGCACGACAAUACUGUAAAUAUUGCUACAGGUGCAAUAGAAAACAGGUGAUUGAGCACAACCGUUUGUAUGCUUAAAGUGUACCGAAGACUGUAUUGCUUCAAUAAAAUUAAAGGGACACUAAAGUGAAGCACCAAAUUAAUACUGGUAGCAUUUUCUAUAAACUAUAUAUUUAAAACUAUAUAUUCAUAAAUUUUGCUGUAAUAAGUUGUUAUAAGAAAGAGUGGAUGUCAAGUCCAUGUUUCUUUUUUUUUAAUUUGCGGUGGAUAACCUUAGUGCAGGUACGUCUGUAUAACAUAGUGGAUUUUAAGGUAUUUUCUCGUUUUUCGAACGUGGCUUGAUAAAAGCUUUCAAAACUUCUUAAGUUCAGCUGUUGCCUCUUGCGUAUACAAUGUAGUCCAUCUUAAUUAUAAAGAAUUAACUAGGUCCACGCAGACACCAUCAUACGACGUGAAGGUGAGAUGGUGCGUUAAUGUCAACUUGGCGGCGAAACCGGUUUUUCGUUAUUGCAUCUUCUCUGGUUUACCAAGAAUCUUCUCACAGUAAGAGUGGCUUUUGUAUUGCGAAAGGGUAAUAAUGUACGAGGGUUGUGCCAAAAGUAAUGCUAAGUUCACAUAUAGUUUUCAUUAACUGAUGUUUUUCAUAUUCUACCUGUUUGUAAAGUAAAUGUUCCUCUAUAAUAUCCCAUAGUAACCUUUCUUUUUCAUUGCAGGUAACUAAUGGAUUCCAAGCAGAAGUGAGGGGGCCAUCAUUGAGUUUUUGAGCAAGCAAGGUUGCAGGCCAUUUAGACAUUCACCGAACGCUACUGAAUGUUUAGGGAGGUGACACUGUUGAGAAGAGUAACGUGUAGAGAUGCAUGAAAAAGUUUAAAGAGUAAAUGAGUGUUAAAGACAAACCGCGCGGUGGGACACCAUCAACUGUGACCAGUGACAAAUUGUCAGCGAGCAUAUGAAUUGAUUCGUGCACACUUGCAUUCUUUAAAGACCAUUCGAGCAUUAAGUUCAACAUUGACACAAAUGCAUCUCUUGUGAUGGAGACUAUAUUGAGUGGUAUCUUUGUAUUUAAAAGAGAUAUUCUGCGAGCAUGUAGUGUAUGAAAAACAUAGGUCAAUGAAAAAAACAGUUGUGCCAACUUUUGCAUUACAUUUGUUACAACCCUCAUACUAGUACAGCUCCACUUCAUUUUCUUUGUAGUGUGUCUUUAAAGCCUUCUUUGUUUAAUUCCCCUAAUUUGGAUUGACCGUGUUUCUAGUCCUGAAAAGAUGGACACCAGUACUUUGAAGCCUCAUUAAUUCAAUGUCUAUCAAAGGAGGAAAGGCAUUCGAGGCAUUCGAGGAGCCGAGGGUCACACGUUGGCACAAGCACCGAUGUCGUCAGCGAGUGGAAUGUAGCAUGCACCUUCAGUGCUUCUGCCAGCAGUGGCUGACAUUGUGUCGGGCAGUGUCCAUGCCAUGUGACGCGACAGGCAGAAAUGUUGAAGGCUAGGCAUAUCAGAUCUUGGCACGAGCAUUUCUACCGGUGUCGUUGGCUUGCGUUUCAUUGAUCGAUGUCGCAGCGCCAACGUAAAAUCGAAAUUCUGAUGAAAAUGUCGUUUGGUCAAGAAGAAUCAUUAAGCAAACAAAACAGACACUGGCCCAGAUAGAGAAAUAAUUAAAGGUUCACUAAAGAGAAUGAUGAUGUCGUCUGCAUCAGUAAAUUACCUUUCUAUGACACUGAAAACACCACUCUUACCGCAUUAAAACACUUGGUGAGCCAGAAAAAGCACAAGAACAAAAGACUGGCGGUGACGCCUCCUCGAACCUUCCGCAUCUGGUCGCUGUGACGUCAUGGAUUUUGAUGGCUUCUUCUAGGGCCUACUUAUACAGCGGUACAGAUUGACUACAUUGUGUUCUAAAGGAACCGAAUAUUAAACAUAGCAAGUUUUGGGAACCUUUACUCAUCCAAUGCAGCCCAAAUGCGAAAACGUAGUUUGGAAUCCCUGAUGUCACACUGACGUACCGGCAUUGGGGUUACGGCGCGAAAUUCAAAUACUGAUACUUUGACCUUCAUUUUCUCAUCUAAUAAUGAAUCUGUUAUUUUUAAAUGACUGCCUGCAGGGUUCUCAAACAAUGCUUUAUUAGUCUAAACUGAUUUAUUGUUUUGCUUUAGUGUCCCUUUAAAGGUUCAAGUCGCCCGCGUGCUGGUCGAAUGUCAAGUUCUUGAUACAAUUUCUUCAUUGCAGUUGCCGUCUGUUUUAUUUUCUUUGCAACUCGUCCCAGCAAAGAAGAUUUCUUCACACUCUCGGCUUUAUCAACUUUCGCAAAGUGUAUGGGCAAAGUCGUGUUGGCUGGGCUAUACAGAGUGGCCAAACCAAAAUUACUGGGGUCCGUUGCUAUGUUUACCUGACGAGUUGUUUUCCUGCCUUCUCUGGUCCUCGAGAAUUACAGCUUAGCCUGGAAAGCAUGUGACUUGGUUCCGCCAUCUAUGUAAUUGAUAGACCAGUGCUCACUGCGUUUAGAUUGUGAGUAACAAUCCUAUGUGGGGCCAGAAUGUAAAGAUUUAAAUAAUUUUAACAUCUUGGUUGACAUUUAAUUUGUUUGUUGUAUUGUGGGCUCAGGCCCGUAGCUUCAGAGCCAGUGGCCAGCUGAGGCUCGCAGAGACGACACAGGGUGGAAGAGCCAUUCAGGAGACAACUUUUACUGUUCAAAGCCCCAGGUCGACUGCCAGCUUCCUCUCAGGCCCCAGGCUACGCGCUUUAGCCAGGCCCAGGUGGUGAUGAUGGCAGCACAGUGGCUCAACCAUGCAGCCAGCGUUCACAUACUUUGUAAAGGCAGGUGACAAGAGGGAAUGCUGAGGAUGGGCCAUGAGUGAUUCCAGUGUGGAAACCUGACAUGUCUAGAGCUUGCUGUUUAAGAUUGUCGCCUCACUUGGCAUCUUUGCCGAGUGACUCGGCACCAACUUAUACUGGCAGAGACAUUGGUUUCAAGAUGUGACAUAUCGAUCUGUAGGCAUUUCAUCUUUGUGCCUUACUCGGUAUCAGUGUAAAACUCAGCAGAGUACACCAGGAAUGUACUGCUUGAUUUAAAAGCCAUCUCCAACUGUUUCUGCCGAAUCUUUUUGUUUUAUUAUUGUAUCAAAAUUUUUUAAAUGCAAAAUCAUAAAAUGGCUCAUUGAGCAAAAAAGCAGGCGUCUGUCAUCUGUAGCAGCUAAACAGUGGGUAAAUUCCCAUUGGCUGCCACGUCAUUGCACAAGCGAACCUCAACAGAGCUAAUGCGAACAUAAGAAUUUCAUAAGAAUGGUUGCAUUGAAUCUAUAACUACUUUUACACUUUCCACGAGUCUUAACAUAAUGCUGUUUACAAGUAGCCUUUGAGUUUGACUGCAGAAAAGACGGGAAGCUGUCGGAGGGCUGCAUUGUCUCUAGUCUUAGUUUUUUCUUGCUUUCUUUUGUGAAGAAAUGUUCCGAAGUCAAUAAGCCCAACCAGAAACUGCUUAUGUAUUGCUAAUGAGGCAUUUGUAGGGACAUCGUGAAUUCACUACUGCAGCUUAUGCUUCUUUGUGGGUGUUUAAGGCAAUAGCCCUUAGAAACUUUGACACGUCGCAAAAGCCUAUCAAGAAGUUUGUGCAUGUGUUUGUGAUCAUUGGACAUAUUUGUUAUGUUGCAUUUACUUUUAUCUGUGCUGUUCUCAUUUGCUUGUUUAUUGUGUUUUCCACAUUUGUAAUUUGGUAAAGCUAUUAAAAUUUUGUGGUUGGC